AUGGCAACUGCAAACUCCAGCAAUAUCCUCUCCUCCACCUUCUAUCUCACAGGUAUCCCUGGAUAUGAGGAAUUUCACCACUGGAUUUCCAUCCCAUUCUGUCUCCUCUACCUUGUUAGAAUCAUGGGUAACUGUACUAUCCUACAUAUUGUCCGGACAGAUCCCAGGCUCCAUCAGCCCAUGUACUACUUCUUGGCCAUGCUUUCUCUCACUGACAUGGGCAUGUCCUUGCCCACAAUGACAUCACUCUUCAGGGUGUUGUGGUCCAUUUCCAGGGAGAUCCAGUUCAACACCUGUGUGGUCCAAAUGUUUUUCAUUCACACUUUCUCCUUCACUGAAUCAUCUGUGCUCUUGGCCAUGGCCCUUGACCGAUAUGUGGCCAUCUGCCACCCACUAAGAUAUGCUACCAUUUUCACUCCAACACUUAUCACUAAAAUUGGAAUUGCAGCCCUGCUCAGAAGUGCUCUUCCUGUGAUUCCACUUCUGGCCCGGCUGGCCUUCUUUCCAUUUUGCCAUUCUCACACCCUUUCUCAUUCUUACUGUCUGCACCAGGACGUGAUUCGCCUUGCUUGUGCUGACACCAAGUUUAAUGUUAUUUAUGGGUUAGUUCUGAUCACUCUGCUGUGGGGAAUGGACUCUCUGGGUAUUUUUGUGUCUUAUGUUUUCAUCCUUCACUCAGCAUUAAAAAUUUCAUCUCAGGAGGGGAGAUUAAAGGCCCUCAACACAUGUGCAUCCCACAUUUGUGCUAUACUUAUUCUUUAUGUGCCUAUGAUUGGGCUCUCUAUUGUCCAUCGUUUUGCCAAACACUCAUCCCCUCUCAUCCACAUCUUCAUGGCUCAUAUCUACCUGCUAAUUCCACCUGUGCUCAACCCAAUCAUCUAUAGUGUGAAGACAAAGCAGAUCCGCCGAGGAAUUCUCCACUUGCUUUUCCGUCUAAGAAUCAGUUCUUCUGUGAUGUAG